CUCUUCUCCCAAUCAUUAAGACUGCUCUUAACAGAUUACAGCCCCCUCCCGAACAUGCAGCCUGCUCUCCUCCUCCCUCCACUCCUCUUUCUGGAUCACAUACCUUCUUUUUCAGCAGACAGAACAAGAGUGCUCGUCCCUCCUGCACUCCUUUUUUUCUUCUCUUUUCAAUUUCCCAACUUUUUCUUUCCGUGCGACGCUACAGCUUACCUCUGGUGUUCAUGUGGUUUUCUGAUGAUCUAACGGAUGAAGAGAGAUGGAGGAGACCUAAAGAGCAGGGCUUUGCGGUGAAUUGUCGACGCCGAUGACGAAGAUGAACCUGUUGACAGUCCUGUGUCAGUUUCUGCUCCUAAGCUUCGAUGCAUCUGCAGCCCGGAGCCUCAUCACAGCUGACAUAUUUGAAGCCAGAGGCCAGCGGGUGUGCAGAGCAGGGAAAGGGAGGCCGUGCUACAAGCUGGCCUAUUUCUCGGAGCUGCGGCGGAAGCUGAACUUUGCGGAGGCCGAGCUGGCGUGCAGGCGGGACGGAGGCCAGCUGCUCAGCGUGGAGUCCCAGUCCGAGCAGGAGGUCAUCGAGGAGCUCGUCAAGGAGCUCCAUCCCGCCGACGGGGACUUCUGGAUAGGGCUCCGGCGUAACCAUGGAGACGACAGCAGCUCGGACUGCGCCUCCCAGUACUACUGGCUGGACGGCAGCAAGUCUGCAUUCAGGAACUGGCACUGGGACGAGCCGUCAUGCGGGUACGAGGUGUGCGUGGUCAUGUACCACCAGCCGUCCGCCCCCCCAGGCCUGGGGGGCCUCUACAUGUUCCAGUGGAACGACGACAAGUGUGAAACCAAGAACAACUUCAUCUGCAAGUACACCGCCGGUAUGAGGCCUCACUGUUCUCAUGCUUUCAAAAGUCUUUGGACGUUAUUGUCGACUGUGAUUUAUCCCCCCCCCCCCCCACCAGAGCAACCAGCGGACCCCACCCCCCCCAACUCCACCCAGACAGAGGUCGUCCCUUCACCGGCUCCUCCCUGGGAUCCGAACGACCAGAACCGGGCCAGGAGUACAGCCGUGAACCUGGUGUACGUCAUCAUUCCCACCAUCCCGCUGAUCCUGCUGCUGCUGACCGUCACGGGGCUCUGCUGCUUCAAGACGCUCUGCAGACGGACCAGGACCCAUCAGAAGUCGGAGGUGUGCCAGACGGACCUGGGCCUCGGUGCCGGCGCCGGGGCCGGCGCCAGCCCCGCCUCGGCGGACGUCUACAACGUGAUCCGCUCCCAGAAGGAUGACGACCUGGUCUCCGGACGCCCCACCACCAAGAACACGUCCUUCCUGUGCUCGUCGCCCGACACGCCCACGGGCGACUACGACAACCUCGGCGGCCGCGACACGGAGAGCGGCUUCGUGACCCUCGCCAGCAACGAGAGCUGCUUCCUCAACUUCGAGCUGAACGAGCUGGGCCUGGGUCGCCCCGGCAACAGGGAGCCGUACGACCGGAGCCUGGGUCGCCCCGGCAACAGGGAGCCGUACGACCGGAGCCUGGGCCGGCGCACCACCAGGAGCGAGCACUACGGCGGCAGCGGCGGCGCGUACGGAGACGGCGGGCUGUUCGACGACAGCCUGAGGGCGGCCAGGGAGCUGCAGGAUGCCGCGGCGAGGCCCGGCGGCCGCGCCGGGAAGGUGGACCUCUACCACACCUACGUCAGCAGCGGGAAGCAGGACGCCUUCCACACCAGCCUGGGGGGGUACGCCGACCGGAGGUCCUUCCACGCCAACCUGGAGGGCGGGCGCUACUUCAACGAGCAGGACUGGAUCCACAGGGAGAACUAUUGAGGCUCGGACACGGUGCGGGGAGGAUGAAUAAAAAACUGUUCCGACUGUUUACGAGAUGAACAUCUACGAUCAUACAUGUAAAUGAUCUUAGAUAACCGAAACCUGAACCCAAAGGAUCGUCAGAUAAUCAGCGCCAGCUUGAACUUAUGGUGCUUUUCCACCAGUACCUACUCAGCCCUGGCCCUCGUUUCUUUUCCACACUCAGAAGUAGGCGGGUUGGAGUUAAACUGCUGUGAUGUACUCGAUUGUGCGACACAAACAAAGAAGUAAUAAUAAUAAUAAUCAGAGGUGGACAGAGUACUCGACCCCAGUACUUGAGUAAGAGUACAAAUACUACUGGUCAAAAUUUACUCCGUUAAAAGUAAAAGUAACUCAGUCAAAAUAUUACUCGAGUAAGAGUAGAAAAGUACUUGCUUUUAAAGGUACUUAAGUAUCCAAAAGUAAAUGCUUUUAAAUUUACUUUAAGUAAGAGUAAGAGAAAGAGUAAAUUUCUUAUUUUCCACAUCAGUAAAUUACUAUAUUUUUUCUAAAUUAAUUUAAGGAUCUUUUAACUAUUGUUUCUGAGAAUUAACUCUUUGAAACCAGCUGCACUGAUGUGCUGCUUUUAGAACCACAAUGUUAUAUAAAACCUGCAGAAACACCAAAAACAAAUCAAAUGAAUGGGAUCAUAAGAGGACAGCAGAUGAUGCAGAGUUUAUUAACAAUCAUGAAUCAUGAGUCCGGCUCAUUAUCAAACUCAGACGACUCAGCGGAUUGUGUUUCUUCUCCUGACGCAGGCGUAGCCAUUGUUGCGGCUCUGUCUUGACUUGUUGCAGCUCUGUCUUGACAAACGCAGGCUACUUUGGCGGUAUCGUUUUGAGGAGGCUUGACGUAUUUCCGCUUUACGUACAGUACAUCCCAGUGGAGAGCGUGCACUGUGAUAGGUCUCCUCCUUUGACAAAAACAGCUUGUGUGCAAUAGGAUUUUAGGGAAGAAGAAAAAAGAGCAGACCUGAAAGUAACGAGUACUUUUCAGCCUUCCUAGAAAUUUACUCGAGUAAAAGUAAAAAUAUUUGUCUUGGAAAUGUAUUCAAGUAAGAGUAAUAAGUACCAAAGAAAUCUAAUACUCAAGUAAAGUACAAAUCCUCUGGAUAUGUACUUAAGUACAGUACUCAAGUACAUUUACUCCGUUACUGUCCACCACUGAUAAUAAUAAUACAUUUUAUUUAUAGGUGCCUUUCAGUACACUCAAGGUCGCCGUACAAAAGGACGAUAAAGACAAAAACAAAGCAAAGUACAAUACAUAAAACAACAGUAAAGAGUAUGCAUGUCUGAAAAGGUGAGUUUUAAGGCGGGAUUUGAAGGUGAUGAUAGAGUCUGACAGUUGUAUGUCCUGUGGCAGUGAGUUCCAGAGGCGGGAGAGUUGAUACAUCUGCUGCUUGCUCUGUGGCUUGUAUUCAAUAUAAAAUGAACGGAGGGAGAGAAGGCUUCAAUGCGGCGAGGCGAAACACCUUUGAGAAGCACAGGAGAGGGUCGAAGUCAUGCAGUCCUACCAGGCUGACAGGUCAACCCCCCGACCAAUCGGUGGCCUGUAGUGUGAUGACAUCACAGCCCGACUCAGCCGCUUAGAACCUCAGCAGAAUAGUUACAGAAAAGUAUCUACUCGGCACGUUAGACCCCUAGUGGAAAAGAACCAAACCGAGGCGAGUUGAGUCGGGCUGAGUAGGUACUAGUGGAAAAGUGCCAUAACUUUACUCAGUUAUGAUUGACAAUUUUCUGAUAGUUCAGGUUUUUUCUUUAUCUGAACUACAUUCAGCUGAUUAGAAAUAAACGAUGUCGGAGGCUCCACGACCUUCAUCUCUUCAUAACCUUGAACAUCUUCAGCAGCCAGAUUUAAAGACUGAAUGAAAGCCGAUCAAAAAUCCUGACGUCAAGUUCGAGUUCAAAGAGCUGCAGUGGACAUCAUAGCAGAGGCGAUUAAGAGUCAAUUAAGAGGCGAUUAGAAGUCGAUUGAGAGGUGAUUAAGAGGUGAUUAACAGCUGAUUUAGAGUAGAUUAAGAAGUGAUUAAGAGUCAAGAUUAAGAGCCGAUUAAGAGGUGAUUAACAGCCGAUUUAGUGUCGAUUAAGAAGCGAUCAAAAGUCGAUCAAGAGUCGAUUAAAAGUCGAUUGAGAGGCGAUUAAGAGGUGAUUAACAGCUGAUUUAAAGAAGCGAUUAAGAGUCAAGAUUAAGAGCCGAUUAAGAGUCGAUUAACAGCCGAUUUAGAGUCGAUCAAGAGUCGAUUUAAAGUCAAUUGAGAGGCGAUUAAGAGGUGAUUAAGAAGCGAUUAAGAGUCAAGAUUAAGAGCCGAUUAAGAGGCAAUUAACAGGAUAUUAAGAGCCGAUGAAAAGUCAAUUAAGAGGCGAUUAAGAGGCGAUUCAGAAAGCAAUGACUGCCGGGAAAAUGAGAGCAACAUCAUAACUUAACCUCCACACUUGCAGGGGAGCCAGCUGAGCUUUGUGCUGCUUUAAGUUUUUCAUUUAUCGAUCAUUUGUCACCUUACAGUUUGUAAAGUGCAUCAUUAUGAUGUGCUUACUAAAGGUGGGGCAGGGGGGUUCCUCAGUAUACUAAGCCCUUGUUCAGAUGAUCCAAGACACAAGGAAAAGAAAGUCUUUAUACUUAGUUGACGUCUGUCUGAGGCGGUCAGUCCUUACAUCUUUCACAACAGCAGUUUUAUUCUCUUAGAUGAGAUCGGAGGUGGUCUGAUCAGGAUUGUGUCAUCUACCUCGUACGACAGUGAAUAUUUAGUUGGUAUAGCAUUUAAAUCACUCAACAGCAACAUUUCUUUCGUAUAUAUUUCUCCACCGACUGAACUCAUCCUGGUAACAAAAGGUACCAAUUGUAUGCAAGAAGAAAUAAAGCCUAAUAGAAGUGUAAAGAUGGGUCACACAAAGCCCUCCUGGUUCAAUUCUGCCCCCGAAGCUUCCCGUUCGUCCCGUCAGAUGACGUCCACAUGUCAAACACAACCACACGAGCAGCGGAUGCUCUCUGACUGCUGGAUCAUGUGCAACCUUGGAGAUAAAAGUGUAACAGCCCGCUUGCACGGCCUCGUCAUGCCGCUCGGCCAGAUAAAAGGUCUCGUCUCGGACCCAAAUGUCUGCUGUGUGCCUGAAAAACAGUGUUUUAAUCCCGAUGACAGGGCAGAAUAAGCUGCAAAAAAACCAACCUUGUUAUUUUUUUUGGGUGCUGCAACUGCGCUUUGUCGGAGCUCGAUAUAGUUUCUUACUGUAUUUACAACUUGAUUUAUACAUCUGGUUCCGUGUACGACUGAAAGUCCAAACGGGAAAAAAGCUUGUUCAUCUCCAGCGCCUGCAGCCCGACUACCGAUAGCGGCAUGAAAUCGCAGAGAAUGAUCAAAUACAGCAUUAUUAUUUAUCGGGAAUGUAUAAUGCCUUGACAUCUCUCCUAUAAGUGAGAGUGGUUUGUAUGUUUGUUACGUUUAAAAGAAAAAUGAAUCUUCAAAUAAAA